AUGGCAUCGAUUGAGAUGACAACUCAUUCAGGGUCGCUUCCCCCAACUUCGGCAGGACAAGAUCUCGUUGUGUCCUCGAGUGAGCAUCUUGCAACUGAUACUUCUCUCAGCAACCCCGCGUCUCGUGCUUCCUCUGGAGCAGCAGUUUUAAACGUCUAUCCGGUGUUUCUAGCACCGCGAAUUACACCUACGAAGUUAGUUUCGAAGCGUGCCCUGUGGGGUUGGUUGAAACAUACAGAAAUUAAAACUAGCCCGUUAACGCUAUUUGUAACAUUACUCGGUCUUAUCGCCGCAGUCACAUAUGGAACAUCUACUUGGAUACUUUCGAGUACUGCUGCUGAUGCCACUGCAAAAGCAAAUCGAUUGGCUCUUUUCACGGCAUGUAUAUCAUUUUCGGAUCAGCCGAUUAUCGUUAAUUCGAACUUCUGUAGAGCAAAUAGCAAUGCUAGCUUAGAUGGAUUUGCUAAGCGCGACACAGCAGGCAUCAGUCCACCGUUGUUAUGGAAUAUGGACGUGCUUGGAGAGGCUCUUCAAAUUGUGCAACCUGCUUGGCAAUGUAGAAUUGUGUGUGGACAGGAAAGGGUGCUUCAUCCGCCAGAUUUAACACUCGUGCUCUCCAUUCCGGUAUCGAGCGGCGAAAAUUGUCAUCUCGACUGUCUUGAACCUAUUCAGGCUACGUUUGGGGCGAAGAAACUCUUUCAAAAACGAUUUGAGGCAUUAAUUGCUGUAGUCUCCUUCACAAUAUUCUUGUUCUUCUCUCGAAAGUGUCUUGCAGAAAGCACUCUCAAUACCAUUGUCACUGUCAUAACGAGUCAUCACAACGUCACUAUUUUAUCAAUUCUUCAACUUGAGCUCGAAGCCACCCAUUUGGCUCAAGAUGACUGGCUGGAUUCUCUCCGCCUUCAACAUUUUAGAGCGUGGACCGUUCACCAGCGAUACUGCACUUCUCCUGAUCACCCAUAUCUUCGACUUUGA